AUGGCCGAGGGCGGCGAGCUGAUGAGCCGGCUCCUGAGCGAGAACGCAGACCUGAAGAAGCAGGUGCGCCUCCUGAAGGAGAAUCAGAUGCUGCGGCGGCUGCUCAGCCAGAGCUGCCAGGAGGGCAGCGGCUGCCACAACCUGCUCCCACCCAGGGAGGCCACCUACCCCGAGGCCGGCUCCCCCGGGAGCGGAGUUCCAGAUUUCGGAAGGUUCACGAGUGUUGCCCACACGCCCUCCCAGCUGCAGACAUCCUCCCUGGAGGACCUGCUGUGCUCACCUGCCCCCCUGUCCGGCGAGGACGACACCUCCCUGGGCUGUGCAGCCCCCUCCCAGGCACCCUUCAAGGCCUUCCUCAGUCCCCCGGAGCUGCACAGCCACCGAGGCACCGACAGGAAGCUGUCCCCGAUCGUGAGCCCCUUGCAAGACUCACUGGUGGACAAGACCCUGCUGGAGCCCAGGGAGAUGGUCUGGCCUAAGAAGGUGUGUUUCUCGGAGAGCAGCCUGCCCACCGGGGACAGGACCAGGAGGAACUACUACCUCCACGAAAUCCAGAGCUUUGCGGGCGCCGAGAAGGACGCGCGCGUGGUGGGCGAGAUCGCCUUCCAGCUGGACCGCCGCAUCCUGGCCUACGUGUUCCCGGGCGUGACGCGGCUCUACGGCUUCACGGUGGCAAACAUCCCCGAGAAGAUCAAGCAGACCUCCAAGUCCCUGGACGGCUCCGUGGACGAGAAGAAGCUGCGCCAGCUGACGCAGCGCUACCUGGGCCUGAGCGCGCGCCUGGAGAAGCUGGGCUACAGCCGCGACGUGCACCCGGCGUUCAGCGAGUUCCUCAUCAACACCUACGGAAUCCUGAAGCAGCGGCCCGACCUGCGCGCCAACCCCCUGCACAGCAGCCCGGCCGCGCUGCGCAAGCUGGUCAUCGACGUGGUGCCCCCCAAGUUCCUGGGCGACUCGCUGCUGCUGCUCAACUGCCUGUGCGAGCUCUCCAAGGAGGACAGCAAGCCGCUCUUCGCCUGGUGAGCCGCCCCGCGCCCGCCGCCUUGCCUGCAGUAAACGCGUUUGGUCCAACCCGGGGCCGCGGUGCCUCCUGCGCGCCUUCCCGGAGGGGAAAGGGCCGCGCCGCCCGCGCGCGAGGCCAGAGAAGGCCCCUCUCCCACCCGUGCUGGGCCCCGACCGCAGCCCGCCGCUGCCCGCACCUGCGGAGUGCUUGUCACUCCCCAUUAAAAUCAUCCGUUUGCUUGUCUGCCUUUA